AUGCAAGUCAUGAAAUCAGUUACUCAAGUGGAAGCAACACCGCUGCCACCACCCUCUUCCUCGCUGUCACUAGGGCUUAACAUGAUGAGACCCUACGAGAUGGUGCACCACUUGGUGUCAUGCAACGCCGUCGUGGUGUUUAGCAUGAGCGACUGCUGCAUGUCCACCGUGGCCAAGCGCCUCCUCUUCAGCCUCGGAGUCGGCCCCACUGUGGUGGAACUGGAUGAGCAGGCCGAUGGUCCAGGCGUCCGGUCCGUCCUCCACCAGCUUGCUGGGGCUCACCAGCCCGUUCCUGCUGUCUUCAUUGGCGGCAAGUUUCUUGGUGGGGUGCAAACCCUCAUGGCCAGUCACAUAAAUGGCACCCUAGUUCCACUCCUCAAAGAAGCUGGAGCUUUAUGGCUUUGA